AUGAGCGCGAUGGUGGGCACUUUGCCUGACGCCUUCACCAACGAGUUCCUCAGCUUGACGGAUCAUUUGCCCGUGAGCCGCAUUGAGGAGGUGUAUCGCAUCGUGCAGCGGACCUUCCAGCAACCCCCCAAGUCGAUCUUCUCGGAGUUCGAUCAAGAGCCGCUGGCCUCCGCUUCCAUCGCGCAGGUGCACAAGGCCACCCUGCGGAGCACUGGGGAGGUUGUGGCGGUCAAGGUGCAACAUGAAGGCGUUGACCAGAUCUUCCUGGAGGACAUCGGCACGCUGGCCACGGUGGCGGAGCAGGUGGCCUACUGGGCGCCGGAUUUGGACUUCCGGAAGUUCGCCGAGGAGUGGAGGGAGUCCUUGCCACGGGAGUUGGACUUCAGCCACGAGUGCUGGGCCUUGGAUCGCGCCAGGCGAGUCCUGCAAGAGGCUGGGAACUGCUGCUUGGUGCCAAAGGUCUACAAGGAGCUGUGUGGCACCCACGUCUUCGUCAUGGAGUUCAUCGAUGGGAGCCCUAUCUUGGACCUCGGGAAGCAGGAGUUCUGCGAGACACACAAGGUGGACAAGCACCGAGUCCUGGAGGACCUGAUCCACGCCUUUGGCAUCAUGGCCUUCAAGGACGGGAUGUUCCACGCGGACCCGCACGCGGGCAACGUGCGGCUGAAGGUGGACCCAACGGCCCCCGGGGGUGCCAAGGCGGUGCUCUUAGACUGGGGCCUCAUCCGCGAGAUCACGGAUGCGGAGCGCCUGGGCCUCGCCAAGGUCUUCCACUCCUUGGCCAACUUUGACAUCGCGGGCCUUUUCGACGUCUUGGAAUCCUUGGGUUUCAGUUUGCGCCAGGAGCUGAUGAACGACGACCUGAAGCGCGACCUCAUUGAGAAAGCGCGGGGCGUCGUAAAGGACGACACCGUGAACCGCCACAAGACGCGGGAGAACGCUCGGGAGGAGCUCGCGGAGUUCAAAGCGCGCCUGAACCGAGCCAAGGAGGAGAGUGGUGCUGAAGGCUCUAUGUCACCCAUCUACUUCUUGGAGGACUGGCCUCGCUGCAUCAUUUUCUUUAUGCGCAUGCUGCAGAUCUUGCGUGGCCUCUGCAUCUCCGCGGACGCGGAGGGCAUGCCGCUGCUGCAGAUCUUCUCGGGCCAUGCGCGGGAAGCGCUGCAGGAGGGCUCCAGGCGGCAGAUGCUCUCCAGCAGCUUGCGGAUCUUCGGGGGCACUGCUCGGGACCGGGAGGAGACGCCCUUCAGCCCCAAGGCGCCGGUGAAGCGGGACGACCGCCUGGAGGCGCGCCUGAGGCAGACUCUUUCGGAGCUCGCGAGUCGGCGCCUGCUGGUGGGCGCGCAGGUGGCGGUGGUGCAGAAAGGCCGAGUCAUUUGCAGCUUGGCCCACGGCACGCUAUCCACGAUCGACGCCCGGCCGGUGGAGGAGCGCACGAGAUUCCCCAUGCUCGGUGCGACGGCUGGCGUGGGCACGCUGGCGCUGCUUCGAGCCUUGCGCCGGAAGUGUGCGUCCUUCCAAGCGGCCGACGACGGCUUGAAGCCUGAGAAUCUGCUGCGGCGGGUGCUGGUUUCGCCGCUUGGCAAUUUCGCCGGGAACGCGGAGCUGACUUUGUCUGAGCUGCUGAGUCACCGAGUAGGCCUUCAGGACGCCUUCCCACUGGACUUCAAGCAAAGCUCCCUGGACGACCUCAGCGGAAUCGCCACUCACCUGGAACAGGACAUCUUGAAGAGGACAGAGGAGUCCCGUUAUGCCUACCUCCUGCAGGCCUUCGCGGUCGCCAAGCUGGGGAGCUGCGUAGGGGACCAGGACAACUUCUUGCACUGGCUGGGCUCGGAGUUGGGGCCCUUGGGCCUCGACGUGGCCCUACCUGCCGGUCGAGGCCGCGAGGCGAGCGUCUGUCGGGACUUGCCAGACCUAGCUCGGGUGUCCAUGCAGGAGGUGCAGGCGGCGCGGUCCCGGCGCAAGCAGAAGGUGACGCAGUCGGAGGCCUCCGAGACGGAGGGGGAGAAGAGCCCCGGCGAGGCGAGGGCAAAAGCCCGUAUGCGUAAGCUGCUGCAGGCCAUCGCCUACGAUCCCCUGGUGUUCGACCCGCUUCAGGGCAAUGCGGGGGCCGGCGGCCUGUUCCGUGGGGGCCUCUCCAUGUGCGCCUCUGCCCGUGGCCUCGCGGAGAUGUUCGCCUCCCCGGAGCUUCAAUCCGACCUGGAAGAUCUGCACGCGCUAACGCUGGAAGGGGUGGACAAGAGCGCCUUGGGCUGGCUCCUGGCCGGAGGGGCCACGCACUGGACCGCUGGUGGUUUGCAGGAGCUUUAG